GAUUACUGUGUUGGUGUCACGUGUGGCAAUGGUGGGACAUGCCUCGACGGCUUGACGAGUUUUACAUGUAACUGUGCAGAAUAUUACACAGGAAAAUAUUGUGGAAUAGAUAUGUGCAAGCCUUAUCCCACAGAUGUAGUAUUUGUAAUAGACAGUUCUAACAGUUGUUCUCCAGAAUAUUUCAAUAUAACAAAGAACUUUAUUAAAUCCGUUACGAAGGAAUGGGAGAUAACUGUAAACAACUUUCAAGUAGCCAUUAUUUCGUAUACUGAUAAUUCAUACAUUGAGCUAAACUUUGACAACGCUAUGAAUAAAAUAAGUUUUGAUGCAUUUGUAUCCCAAAUGAAUCCGAGAGGCGGGAUAUCUGAAAUUCACAAGGGCAUCAACCAUGCUGUUAAUAUCUUAUAUAACAGAAACCGUGUUGUAGCAAGCAGUCAGGUGAAAAAGUAUAUCAUUGUUUUAUCUGACGGACUGCCAUCUACACCCAGCAUGAUAUCGACAGUGAGCGGUCAUCGAAUAGAAACGAUGGCAGUGGCUGUUGGGGAAGAUGUGUCGCAUCAUUUCCUGUCUGUUAUUACUGGAGGAAGUGAAAAAAUAUUCCCGUACAAUAAUGAUCGGUUAUGGCACUACAUGAUGGAUGCCCUAAUUGACCAAAGCUGUGAUAUCUGCCAAAGAUAUGAAGAAGGAGAUGUCUUAUUUGCUGUGGAUACUUCGAAUGGUUGGCAAAACUUAGAUUUAGCCACCAAAGUCCCUACGAUAAUAAAUAAAAUAUUAUCCGGACUCAAACUCGGACCGAUGAACAAACAAAUUGCGUUAUUAACGUUUGCAUCUUCGUCAUAUCUACGGUUUGAUUUUAAUAAAUACAAUAACGAAACUGAAAGACAAAAUUUACAAAGACAGUUGUCGUCCUUUAUUAAAACUACCGAUACCAAUACCAAUAUUACAGCCUUGAUUAACAGUGCCAAUGCGUUAUUAUUUGAUAGUGAAACAGGUGCACGUGUGUCUGCAAAGAAGUUACUUGUUGUCUUUUCAAAUUACCAGAAAGAUGUGACAAUUGAAGAAAGUAAACUUAUUGAGACUUUAAAAGAAAAAGUAGAAAUAUUCGUGGUUGGACUUGAUAAUAGUGAUGAACAAUUUCAGGUUAUGUUAGAUAUAGCAUCGACGUCAUUUCAUAUUGGUAUAGAUGGUGACAUGUUGGUGAACUCGAUUGAUACAUACAUAGCAUCACUGUUAGAACAAAUUAAUACAGUUUAUUGCGAACUUCGAUGAUGCAUAAGCAAUUGUGACAAUCAUGAACAAGUUGUAUUUUUUUAUUAUGUUUCUUCUUACAAAGUCAUGUGUAAAUAUAAUUAUAAAUGUCAUAUUAAAAUCUCAAUUGCAGUCGAAAAUGUUAGAGUAGUACGAAUCCGUCAAAAAUAAGCGCUAUUCCAACUUUUUCAAGAGAUUUUACGCUACUGGUGAGUCUUGUGUAGACGUUGCACUCAAUUGACACGACGUAUAUUUGAUUAUUCUUGUUUCUAUUGUAUUAUAGAUGAAAUCAUUACAGUUUUGUCUCUUUCAAAAAGUGUUUCAUCGUUAUUUUUUUUCGUUUGUGAGUUUUUUAUAUAGACUAGA